CUCUGUCAACACUCUCAUUUUCAAUUAAUUAAUUAUAUUAAAUUUUUUUUAAAAAAAAGACAAAACCUAAAGUGUUCUCUCUCAACUAUGUUUAUCCUCUUCUAGCUGGUCCAUAGCUAUUCCACCCUCCAUUCACUCUCUCUCUUUCUGAGUUGCAGAACUGAUCAAAGAGGAUUCAAUCAGACAUGGGGAGAGCUCCUUGCUGUGACAAAGCAAACGUGAAGAAAGGGCCAUGGUCGCCCGAAGAAGAUGCUAAGCUCAAGUCCUAUAUCGAGCAGCACGGCACCGGUGGUAAUUGGAUUGCUUUGCCCCAAAAAAUUGGGCUGAAGAGAUGCGGGAAAAGCUGCCGCCUGCGAUGGCUGAACUAUCUUCGUCCGAACAUCAAGCACGGGGGAUUCUCCGAAGAAGAGGAUGACCUGAUCUGUAGCCUCUAUGUGAGCAUCGGCAGCAGGUGGUCAAUAAUUGCUGCACAGUUGCCAGGAAGAACAGAUAAUGACAUAAAGAACUAUUGGAAUACUAGGCUGAAGAAGAAACUACUAGGUAAACAGAGAAAGGAAUAUGGCCGUCGAGGAAACAAUAGCAGCUUAAAGAGGCGAGAGAAGAAGAAAGGGUCGAUAGCUGGGGAGGAGAAUUCCAUGGAAUACCCUAGUAGCUUUAGUAGCAAUCAAGGCACCCCGUAUUGGCCAGAACUGCCAGCUGCGACUCCAACAACGAUGAUGCCCUACUCAAACCUUGAGGGAGCAUCAUUCAAUGACCACACAUCAAUGAGGAAGUUGCUAAUCAAGCUCGGGGGAAGAUUCUCAGAUCACAAUGAUCAGGUAGCGAUGAUCCAGGCUGGGGCUUCAAGUCUUCAUCAAUACUCAAAUGGCCAAAGCUCCUCUUCACCUUCCCAAAACCCUAAUUAUGAUCAUGACCAAUCCAUGGCGAUGCUCUCUUCUGCCACUAUUAUACAACCACAAUUCGGAGUUGUAGAAGGUGGAAUAACCACUCCUAGCGCUCUGGUCGAAGAAACACAACGCUUUGGUGAUCCCCAGAGGCUUGAUGGCCUAGAGUUUUUACUCGGAGACGGAAUCGAAACUGCUUGUGCUGAAGGCCCAAGUGUCAAUUGGAAUGACAUGAGCUCUGUAAUUUACCCUAAUUCCGUUAAUGUGGCUUCAGGCUAUGGAUUAGGGAUCCAACAAAGUCCACUCCAAGAAUGCAGUUUCAGUAAUGAGUUGAGGUAUUCCGUGGUACAAUGAUGGACCCAUCAGUACUAAGAGCAGAUAAGUCUAUCAAAAACUGAAAGCAACAAAAGCUACUGGCAUGCAUUUGGGAAUGAUGCCAAGAUUGGACAUCAACGUGUGUAAUUGACAUGGUCUGUUAGACAAUUCGGUGGGAAGGUAGUCGAUUGGCGUUUUUACAAACCCUGACGAACACUUCAGUUGUUGAUCGUCUCUCUCUUUUCUCUUCUGCCCUUCUGGUUUGUUUUUGUGUAUGGGUGUAAUUAAUAAGCUUACUCAGUGUUGUUUUUGUG